UCCCAUCCACACUCUUCUUCCUCCUCCUCCUCCUCCUCCCUACCGUUGCCACCCCCAGGCCGCCGCACGUGUCCCACCCUCCCUCACUCACACACCUCGCCCUCUCUCUCCUUCCCUCUCUAAAAAGCGGCCGGCCGGCUGCCCCCCCUCUCUCUCUCUCUCUCUCUCUCUGCGUGAGUGUCUGCCCCCAGUCCCUCCCCCCACCUCACCGAUCUCGCGCACACUCCCCAAUGACCCAAUCUCCCCACUCCCCCUGCCAGCUCCUCAUCCCACCUCCGGAUCGCUUCACGGGCCGGGAAGCAGCAGCAGCACCCGCGCUCCCCGCCUGAUGCGCGCACCACCCAUCAAUGCCGGCGCUCGCGUCCGCCGCCAUGGCCCGAGCCGCCGCCGCCGCCGCCACCACGUCCCUCCUCCUCCUCUCCCUCCUCCACGCCCCCGCCGCAGCGGUGCGCUUCGACUACGCCUCGCUGACGCUAGGCAGCCUGAGGCUGCUAGGCGACGCGCACCUCAAGAACGGCACCAUCCGUCUCUCCCGUGACCUGCCCGUCCCGACGUCAGGCGCGGGGCGGGCGCUGUACGCGACCGCGGUGCCCGUCCGGGGUGGGUUCUCGACGCAGUUCGCCUUCACGGUGGCCACGCUGAACCCGUCCUCGGUCGGCGGGGGGUUGGCGUUCGUGCUGGCCACCGACGGGGCCACGCUCGGCGACGCGGGGCCAUACAUCGGCGUGUCCGUCGCUACCGACGCCGCCGCGGUCGAGUUCGACACGCUCAUGGACGUCCAGUUUGGUGACCCUAGCGGGAACCAUGUUGGUCUGGAUCUCGGCUCCAUGGUCUCCGCCGCAACCGCUGACCUCGGGGGCGACGACGACGACGCCGGCGGCGUCGACCUCACCAGUGGGAGGACCGUCAACGCCUGGAUCGACUACCGCCCCUCCCCAUCCGGCGACGGGAAAGAAGGGGGCGUGUUGGAGGUCUUCGUGUCCUACGCGUCCAAGCGCCCGUCCAAGCCCGUCAUGUCCGCGCCGCUCGACCUCGGGGAGCGCGUCAAGGACGCCGCGUUCGUUGGAUUCUCCGCCUCCACGCAGGGGAGCACGGAGGCGCACGCCAUCGAGUGGUGGAGCUUCUCCACCGCGUCGCCGGCCCCGUCCCCGCGCUCGGCGCCCGCCGCGCCGCCGCCGGAGUCCACCCCGGCGCUCCCGCCUCCCGUCUCCAACCCGGUGCUGCCGUCGCCGCUGCUCCCGGGAGUGACGACGCCGACGCCGCCAGCUGCCACGACGGGUGCCGCCGCCGCCGCGCCGGCCGUGUCGAUCGCCCCGUCGUCGGGCUUCGCGGCGGCGGGGAGGAAUGCCGGCGGCUCGGGGACGCCGCACGCGGCCGUGGCCGGCGCCGCCACGGCGGGCGCCUUCGUGGCGGCCUCCUUCGCGGGCGUCGCGCUCUGGGCGCUGGCGCGGCGCGCCAGGGCCAGGAAGCGCGGCCAGACCGCGGUGGCGGUGGCCACCAGCAAGCGCGACAGCGGCGUCGCGUCGGCGGCGGCGCUGGCGCGGUCGCCACGCGAGUUCAGCUACAAGGAGCUGAGCGCCGCCACGCGGGGCUUCGACGCGUCCCGCGUCAUCGGCAACGGCGCGUUCGGCACCGUGUACAAGGGCAUCGUGCCCGACACGGGCGCCAUGGUCGCCGUGAAGCGUUGCACGAACGCCCGCGGCGGCGGCGGCAACGGGAACGCGAGCAGCGGGGAGCAGCAGGCGCGGUCGGAGUUCCUGUCGGAGCUCUCCAUCAUCGCGGGGCUCCGCCACCGGAACCUGCUCCGCCUGCAGGGGUGGUGCUACGAGAAAGGGGAGAUCCUACUCGUCUACGACUACAUGCGCAACGGCAGCCUGGACAAGGCGCUGUUCGACGCCUCCUCCCCGGUGCUGCCGUGGCACCACCGGCGGGAGAUCCUGAUGGGCGUGGCGUCGGCGCUGGCGUACCUCCACCACGAGUGCGAGCGGCGCGUGAUCCACCGCGACGUCAAGUCCAGCAACGUGAUGCUGGACGAAGCCUACCGCGCGCGUCUCGGCGACUUCGGGCUGGCGCGGCAGGCGGAGCACGGCGAGUCCCCUGACGCGACUGCCGCCGCCGGCACCAUGGGGUACCUAGCCCCCGAGUACCUCCUCUCAGGUCGCGCCACCGAGUGCACCGACGUGUUCAGCUUCGGCGCGCUGGCACUAGAGGUGGCGUGCGGGCGUCGGCCGAUCGGGACGACGACCGACGGCGGCGGCGGGGGCAGGAGCUGCAACAACCUGGUGGAGUGGGUGUGGAGCCUGCACGGGGAGGCGCGGCUACUGGACGCCAUGGACCCGCGGCUAGGCGGGGAGUUCGACGAAGACGAGGCGCGGCGCGCGCUGCUGGUGGGGCUAGCGUGCUCCAGCCCGGAACCGGCGCUGCGCCCCGGGAUGCGCGGCGUGGUCCAGGUGCUGGGCGGCGAGUCCGACCCGCCGUUCGUGCCGGCGGCCAGGCCGUCCAUGAGCCUCGGCGGCAGCGCCAACAACCAGCAGCUGCUGCUGAGCCUGCAGGACAGCGUGUCGGACUACAACGCCCUGCUGGGGCUCGCCGGCCUGUCGGACGACUCGUUGUCGUCCGCCGACUCGCUCAGCUCGUCGUCCCUCACCAGCACGCUCCGCAGGGGCGGCCAUGAUAUCGGGUUCAGCAGCACCGCCGGCGACGCCAGGUGAGGCAGGCUGACCGGUGGCCGGCGGGAGGUAGCUUAGAGUUUUUUUUUUUCUUCUGAUGAAUCCUUGUCGAUCUCGAACGCGAAAAGAAGAAAAAAAAAACAGCAGAUGUAUGUAUUGAUGGGUACAUAGAAUUUUAGUUGCAGAGCAAUGGACUGCAGAGUCCAGAUCAUCAUCAUCAGAACCAGCUUCCAUUUGUGACAUUAUUACAUACAUUUUUCUCUCGAUAAUAAUUCAGAAAUCACAUGAUUCA